AUGGAGAUUGCCGCCUCUUGUAUCGCGUUCGCGCAAGUCGCUGACAAGACGAUCGGCACCAUUAGAGGCUUCAUCAUUGACUGCAGGGAUGCCCGUAGCGACUUGAGCGCUGUCAACCGGGAACUGUCGGAGCUGAAGCUCACACUCAAUAUCCUCGAGGACUUGGUCUCAGACGGCAGUGAGACCGGAGGUCCGCUACCUAGCAGUAUCCGGGACGAUAUUCGAAGCAUCAUCAAAAAUUGUCUUGAUGCAGCGAAAGAGAUUGACAAUGUGCUUGUGGAGCAUAGUGGCAGAUUUGCAGCUGUGAGCUGGGCGGCCAAAGGGAAGCAAAAAGUCAACUCGCUCAAGGCUGUCCUUGAGGCCCAUUGGCGCGCCUUGAAUCUUGCCGUGGACACGAUCACUCUGGCAAUGACCAAGAGCAUCAAGAAUGAUACCGAAGACAUCUUAGAGGACACUGCCGACAUCAAGCAAGAUACAGCCGAGAUUAAGGAAGAUACGACUAAAAUUCUCGAGGAAAUAGCGAGGCUAGAGGUACUCAUCAGAAGGAACAUUCCGGCCGAAAGCAGCAAAAUGUUUCUCCUCAACAGAUAUCUUUAUGAUCUGACUUCAGUUGCCGGGUCUGUGUGUGGCGAUCUUUCUAGACCAGGCACUCCAGAGUCUAUUUCUGAGCGGUCAUCAACUCUCAUUGCUACCGAGGUAGCCUCCAACGACGAUGUGUCAAGAGUGCCCGAGGCAAACCAGGUGGCGGCAAAAGAAUCUGAGGAGAACAGGUCAGAAGCCAAACAGUCCGAGGCCAGCACCCGAUCUUCAACCCCAAAGCCGUCACAGGCACCAAUGGCGUCACCAGCAUCAACACUGUCAUCGGUACCAACACCGCUACCUGUAAGCGCUCACUAUACCGGGGCUGAGAACCACCAAGGGCCACAACCACUUCCCGGGAAGUUUUUGGAUAGGGUUCCCAAAAAUUACAUCGGGUCUCUGCCUGUGAGACCCCCCAACAACCAGCCUAUCAAGCAGCAAAGUCAGUUAGGGGAGCGCGCGGGGACAAUUCUCCCGCAACCAAUCCCUGUUUCUCCUCCCAAGGAGAAACAUGAGGCAUGGCCUGCUCAAGAAUCGGACCAAAGAUUCACAUUAGCCGGUGACGCUGCCCUUGUGUUCUUUGGGCAAGAAAAGUGCGUGUUGCCGGGGCACAGCGUUCUUCUUUCCAAGAGCACUUCUUUCGCCUACUCGGUUGAUACUUUCUUAUCCAAAGACCGUAUAUUUCGGUGCGGCCGGGGAAUACGUCUGUCAGAUGACGAAACGAAGCUCUACGUGGAAUACAAUGAUCCUGACAACUCGAGACGCGUGAGAGUCUUUGAAUUUCCCUCCAUGUUGAGGUUGUAUAGCUUCCCAUGUCAGGGAGGGUCCUUGACCAACCUCACGGCUGAUGGAUCUAUCUUCUGGGCCAGGGGCCGGAGCAGCGAAAAAUUUGGCAAGUGUAAGACCCUGCUUUACGAUUGGAUGACGGGCUGCCAAAGAGACGAAAAGACUAGUAUUCCUGAUUGUAUCUCCCACAACCCCUCCUUACCCUUAGACUGGGAUCGCGGGCUGUGUCUUCAGCGGACACGGCUGGGGUUAGGAGAGGUUGGGAAUUUGCACCUAUAUCAAGUCAGCAGGACUGGAUCUCGGCUACCCGGAAUCAGGGUUGAAGACGUGAUGCUAUCAGAGACCCCUGCAAAGGUAGCCCAGUGCGAGUGGAACUUUUCCGAUGACGGCCGCCACAUCGUCAGCUUCUUCAAUAUCCAGAGCAAUCCUGUGGUUGAGACUUGGAGCUUCAAAGAUGAUUUAGCUGCCGAGGGAGACCUGAGGCUAAAGGUUCAACAAUCUGAGAAACAUUCCUACUCACUCAAAGCCCAUACUCACCCAAAUGGGAAGGCUUGCAACUGCUAUCCUAGCUCAGUCGCAGUAGCAGGCUGGAACCUUGACACGGGAGACGUUGUGUUCCGGCACGUACUUGGAGCAUGGGACAUGGGGUACGGCUUCCUUACGAGACUCUCCCGCGACGCCAAGAUCCUACAGAUCAGCCGUAAGGCCAAGGGCGAAGAGGAAGAGGAGUGGAGGAAAUUCCGCGACUUCAAGUCUGCGUACCUGCACUCGACAUUGGAGAUUGACGGGCCGGAUCUGCGUCUGGUGCAGAACUAUGCAACUUUUGAUAAUGACGACGUGAAUGCUUUGGUGAAGGACUUUGAGGGAACGUUCUUCUUGUCUAUGGUGGAGCCUGCGGAGGAAGGGAUGUUGUCGAGUUGGGUCUUUGAUUUUGUUCUCAACCUGUGGAGACUUGAUGAGUCAUGA